AAUCGACAAAAAUUACUGAAUAAAUAGCUUUUUUUGUCAUUAAUUUAACUGACAAUGGUACAGAUGGGUUUCCAAAGUAAUGAUAGAGGUGUAUAGAAAAUGUGAUUUUUAAAAUAGUCAUAAACACUGAAACGGUUUCAUAAAAACAUAAAUACUAUACUGUUUUUAUCUAUUAAUGUUCAUCAUCGUUUUCCCAGUGUAAACAAUUAAGCUUUUUUUCAUUUGAGCUUCUUAUUUAGGACUCUGAAGCGUCUCCAUCAAUAGCUGACCAGUUUCAAGGUUUAAACAGCCUUUAGUAGCAUAUACUAAACUCUUUUUGAGGUUACUAAUUACUAGGCGCAAUUACUCGACACAGAUAUUCAUCCGCAUUUCUUGAGGUGAUUCACUGUGUGACCGGUUCAACCAGUCGUUUCACGAGCAGAAAAUCGCGUAAUUUCGAAACGGAACGACAACUUCUUGUUCAGAAAGUGAGUCAGAUGAUCAGACGUUGACUCAAUAACCACUGAAGAAUUCAUUCAGGGAUUCGUUAAACUGAUUCAAACCAGGACGUGAGUGAAAAUGAAUCGGAGAAGCUGCUCAAAUGAGUCAUUUGUUCGUGAAUCGGACACUGGCGUUGAGUUUGUUUUGUUUUCGCGCGCUUGCAGCUCGAGACAACUGGAAAACUCCACAGAAGUCUUUUUAUUAUUACCACAGAUCAAUUCAAACUGUAAAAUGACAUUCAUAAAUCGGGUAAAUAUGAUGUUUUUAAUGUUGUGGCGCUGGAGAGUCCGCAUCGCAGCAAACGCUGACAUAACCGCGAACUAUUAAGUAGACAAAAACAAUAUAUCGAUCACCACUAACGCGACUGAAAUCCAGUCUGUACGUGUAAUAUGAUUAAAGUAAUUUGUGUUUUUGAAGUAUUUCAUUUAUGAAAGAAUUAAGAGAUUCGGUUAAAACUUACUUAGCGUUAGCGAACAUUCCGUUGCUAUGGCAACUGUGGAAUUUUUUUUCCUGUGUUGAUGACGUCACAAAGAACACUAUAUAUAAUUUGCAGUUGAGUGGCAAGGUUUAGGCCAGUUUGAGGGACGUUUUUACAACUUUAGACCUAUAGGAACACGUGUACACACACCAAUUGAGUCUCUAGAUACCAUUAUAGACGCAAACAGACAGUCAGUUUGAUAACUACUUUGUUAAGGACAGAUCUGUCAGUAUGAUAACACCAGACACAAUGUCUAUAGAGGCGAGAGAGGUGCGUCUGGAGGUUUACCUCAACGGCGCCUUCUACUCCGACGACAGUUACUUUGCAUUAGAUGAUAAAGAUGUGCAGCUGGAGUUUGAGAUCACCGAUGCCAUCUACGACCUUCUCGGCUGCAGCGCAUCUCAAGACGUAGAUGUGAAGCUGAAGGUUGUAACGGACGAUCGGGUCUCCAUCACUUACUGCAGUCCAGGAGAGAUGCGCCUGCAGCUGGAGGUUGACGAGAAUGAGGAGAUCUCAGUCUGUGAAGUCAAAGAUUUGCAACUGAAGAUGAACAGGAACGACAGCAUCUCAGAGCUGAAGAGCCCUACGCUGGUGUCUAAAGACCUGAGCGACCCAGCAGGAGCUUCAGGAGAAGAAGCCAAUGAUCAGGGUGGCCUGGAUGCUGAGGAGAACCGCCCAGCAGAAAGCACUGCUGGGUGGAUGUUCGAGAAAAUUAGUGCAAUAUUCCAGACAAACGCACUGAAUGCUGUUGGGGAACCUGAAGUGGAUCUGAUUGAUCCAAAGGAAUCCCAGUGUGUCCCAGAUCCAAGUGCUCCCGAGUCAGAACUUGAAAUGGAUCCGGUCAAUACAGAGCAAUUGUGUAUCACUGAACCUAAAGUGGAUCUGGUUGAUCCAGAGGAAUUGUGUGCACAAGCUCCAAGCGUUCCUGAGCCAGAAGCUGAAGUCACAUCAGAGCUUUCAAGGUUGGAAAACUGCAUCCUUCUAAACAUGUUCCAGCUGGAGGAUUCUUUGAUGGAAUGUACACUGCCCAAGACUCCUGUCACUGAGGUCUGGCCCAGGGUCUUCAUUGGAAAUGAAGAGAUGGCAAGGGACCGAGAUAAACUGAAGGAGAUGGGAAUUACACACAUCCUAAAUGCUGCAGAACCAAAGAAGAACCUGAAGUUCUUGUUGGGAAUGGCAAACGAGAAAGACCUUCUUGGAACGGUCAAUACAGGGUCCAGAUAUUACAGAGGCUUGCACAUCACUUACUGUGGCUUGCCUUCAUCUUACAGACGCUGUUUUGACAUCAGCAAGUACUUCAUGCCAGCUGCCAAAUUCAUUCACAAGGCCUUGAGGAGCCCAACGAGUAAGGUGUUGAUUCACUGCACACAGGGCCUCAGCCACUCGGCGACUCUGUUUCUGGCGUAUCUGAUGAUCUGCCAUGACAUGAUGGUGGAAGAGGCCUUUGAUGACGUCAUAAAGGUGAGAUGCAUCAGGCCCUAUUUUGGCCAUCUGAGGCAGCUGGCGUUCCUCAAUGCCGACCUUGUGCAGCAGCGAAACCUAAAGCUGCAGGGCCAAAAAACAGGCAGAAAGAUGAAAAAUGGCAGAUAAAAACAAAAUAGUGGACAGAUUUUAAAACAAAACAUAGAGCACAGAUAAAAAAUAGAUCACAGAUUAAAAAAAGUGCCAUGAUAAAAACCACAGCACAGAUUUUAAAAAAUGUUGUUUAAAAACAGGUGCACAGAUAAAAGCAAACAGCACAGAUAAAAUAUAUGAGCAAAAUAAGAAUAAUUAUUCAAUAAUUACAAAUACUUUACGUUUAUUAAAUAUAUAUUUUGUAAAGCGUUGUUGUAAGUGUGUCUGAUUUCUGACAUCAUUCCUAAGAGCAAAUACCAAGCUUGUGUUGAAAAUAAAAAGUGUUUUGAGGCCGGGCUUGUAUUAUACAGGGUUCCCACGGGUCCUUGAAAUCCUUGAAAGUUUGUGAAUCUGAUUAAAAAGUUUCAAGGCCCUGGAAAGUUUUACAAAAUAAACAAACAUGGAUACAGGUCCUUGAAAAUUCCAUAUUAUUCCCUCCGGUCCGCUAAUGUGUUAUUUCGCCAACACUUUGUGCAUACUAGCUUGCUUGAUUUCCGUUGCACAUUUAUGUGUUACGUUAAGUGUUUCCCACGUGAGGUACUUUGUUUUUGUUCGUUGCCAUGACGUUCACACGCACACAAAACUACUAAGAUGGUACCUCAACGUUUCACAGACACACCGUGAAACAUUGCAAAAAUAGGCUGAAACGUGAUGACUGGAAAAUGCAAGUUUCAAGAUAUUUGGCUCACCAAAGAAGAUUACAAAGAAUGGCUUGCCAGAGAUCCAAAGGAUGUAAUGUUGAAUUGCUUUGCUUGUUAAGAUAAUGUAAAGCCAUGAGGCAAGAAAAACUUAAAAGCAUAUUCAUAUAUCUUAAAACUUCUGGUUACAUGAGCCUAAGCUCUUUUCAAUAAAAUCCAUGCAAAAGUUAAUAUCAGAUCAUUUUAGAAUACAGUAUAGUAUGUACCAAAUAUUAUUAAAUUUUAUGCAAAACAGAAAUACGACAAAUAUCAGAUUUCUGUCAGAUUUCUGCCCAAAAAUAAUUGCAAAAAAAAGAAAUUUGCUUUUUUGCAUAGUUGUGUUUGACACAUGAAAACUGUAACAAUGUAUCUUACAAGGUGACGCGAUGUAACCCUUGCUCUCACUUGAAAUGUGUCCCCACAUUAAGUCCUUGAAUUUGAGGGUAUUGGACCUGGAAAGUCCUUGAAAGGUCCUUGAAUUUGAAGUUAACCAAGGUGUGGGAACCCUGAUUAUAUUAGAUGUUUCCUAAAUGUUUUUUUCUCAGUACAUAUAAUUAAAAUACAACAUUACCACAAACAUUACAACAAACCAUUACCUAUGCAUUUCUCCACUGUAAAUAUGCUGUAAAUAUAUUUAAAAUGCAUAUACAUGUUUUUUUGUGACAUCCGUGACUUUUACUUUAUUACUUAUGGCAUGAUUUAAAUUUCAUAAAUUGAUCAUUUAUUUGACCACUUUUUAAUAAAACAGUAUACA